AUGGCGAAAUCGGCGAUGCCGGCGUCCUUCGCCGAGCACGGGGAGUGGUACGCUUCCUCCCUCCAAUCCGUAUCCGAGUCGGCCCAAAUACUGUACUCAUACAACACUGUGGCCCAUGGAUUCGCGGCCCAAUUGACGGACUCGGAGGCCCGAGCCCUCGAAGCCCUCGACGGCGUUCUCUCGGGUGGCGAGCGCGCAGCGACGAGGUUGGCCGUGUACAAGGUUUGCUGGCGCGGAGCCUGUUCAGCUUCGGAUAUUUUGGCGGCGAUGGAGGCGGGCCGGUUGAGCGACGGUGUCGAUGUCUUCUCGCUCUCUGCUCGGGCGGCGGGACGUCGGCAUUAUUACAUUAGACAGCGUGGCUAUCUGGGCGUUUACUGGGUAUUGGAGAAGCCGAGUUGCUGUGUUUCUUGCUCGCUGGCAAACGCCGGUCCCGGUGAGGGCGUCUGCUGGGUGUCGAAUGUUGCGCCUUGGAUUUACUCACGGUCGGCGUCCGGGGACGCUCGACGAGAUUUCCCGGUCUAUGUCUUACUGCUUGGGGCAAUACGCCAAGAGCUACCAGCCGGGGUUUCGCCUGCUACAGCGCGAAAGCCGCUGCCGCCGAUUCUCAACUGCCCUUCACUUUACGGCGCUAACGCGACGAACGCGGACGGAACGGCAAGUCUGGUGCAUGUCCGCGGUACCUUAUACGGGAUGAAGUCAAGGGUAAAGAUCGCUGUUCUGGUUGAUCGGGGCGUCAGCGCGUGUGUGCAGAAGGGGGCCCUGGUCGUCAAUAGAGGCCUGGAGGGUUUCGGGGCAUGUGGAGGUCUCUUCGCGAACACCGCCGAGCCAACGGCGAAGCAGCUAGUCGCCGACGCGCUCAUUCUUUUGCCAGCAUCCGGCGUCGUUACACGGUGCAAGCCCGCAACUCCGUUCGAUUACGGAGCGGGGCACGUUGACCCCCCGAAGGCCCUCGACCCAGGCCUCGUCUACGAUCUCACCGCCACCGACUACCUCGAUUUCCUCUGCGCGUUGAACUACACCUCCGUUCAAAUCGGCGCCAUGGCUAAAGGCAGCAAUUUCACUUGCAGCUCGAGAGGGGCCCACUCGGUUUCGGAUCUCAACUACCCGUCUUUCUCCGUCCCGUUCGCCACGGCGAGCGGGAUGGGAGGAGACGGGACCACCAGCACGAUCACCCACACUCGGACUCUGACGAACGUGGGCCCCGCUGGGACCUACAAGGCGAAGGUGUCCACGUCAGCGGACGGAGAUAAGGUGAAGAUUGUCGUAAAUCCAACGGAGCUGAGUUUCUCGAAGGAGGGGGAGAAGAAGAGUUACACGGUCAGCUUUACGUCGCCGUCGAUGCCGUCGGGUUCGAGCGGGUUCGGGAGGCUCGAGUGGGAUGAUGGGAAGCACGUGGUUGCGAGCCCAAUCGCUUUCACUUGGACCUGAGAGGGAAACAAAUUGGGUGGAGAAUGGAGUAGGAAAAAAAAAAUAGAUCUGGGGUUGCGGAUGCAAAUUUAAGUUGGGGGGUUAGGCAAGAUGUAAAUUGUUAUGGGGAUAAAAAGGAUGUUGUUGGUGGUGUUUUUGCUAAAAGCAAAAGUUGGGUUUGUAUUCUUUCGAUGUUUUUCCUUUUGUUUGAAGCUUAUGAUGCAAUCAAAUUUCAAAAUGUUGGCUA